AUGGAGAAGAUUGUGUUUUAUGAGGACCGGGACUUCCAAGGAAAGUCCUACGACUGCAAAGGGGAUUCAGUGGAUCUGCAAGGCUUCAUCCAUCGAUGCAACUCGGUCAAAGUAGAAGGAGGCUGGUGGGUCUUAUAUGAGCGCAACAACUUCAUGGGCUACCAGUAUGUGAUUGGUCCAGGAGAGUACAACAACUACUGCCACUGGAUGGGCUUCAAUGACUGCGUGCGAUCCUGCAGAAUCAUCAAAAAUGUCCAAGGGCCGCACAAGCUGAGGCUGUUUGACCAGCCAAACUUUGAUGGCCAAUCUCUGGAGCUUACAAAAAACAUGAAGUCCUUGUUGGAGAAAUGGCUCCGACAAGAAGUCCAGUCUUGCAAAGUCCUGGACGGGUCCUGGGUCUUCUUUGAACAUCCCAACUUCAGUGGUCGCCAGUACCUCCUGGAGAAAGGAGAGUAUCGACACCACUUGGAGUGGGGGGCUGUGAGAGCCACCGUGGGCUCCAUCAGAAGAAUCAUGCAGCUGUGA